AUAUGCAGCACAAACGAUCUGUUCCCUUUCCCAGAACAUCAGGUUCUCUCAAUGCUACCAGUACUACUCUAUCUCUAGCUAGCUAGCUAAGUGUUUGCCAUCAUGAACUGGACGAAGAAGAUCAUCUUGAUGUCCCUGGCAAUGUUCGGGUCUCUCUGUGCUCGAUCUGUUCAAAAUCGCAUUGAAAAGGGCGUCGUUCUGCAAGACUCUAUUCCUCUUUAUCGAUUCGAUGCCAAAGCCAAGGCGACCGUAACGUAUGUGUCCAUUCUCAAGAACUCAUCGCCCACACAUAUGGAUCUCAAGGCGGCGGCAUUGUUGAAAAUAGUUCGACGACACCACGGACAAGUGGGGUAUUUGGGGAAGUGUUUUGCAGUUGCCAUUGAAUCCAAACAGUUUGAAUCCGCCGACUGCGAUUUGGUCGUUGUGACUUACUGGAAACGACCCCAUCCGCUCAUGUCGCCCUCCUUUGGAUUUUCCAAUUUUCGAUCCGAACUCGACCAACAAAAGACUUGGACCGUACAUCAGGCGCAAAAAAUGGUCAACAGUGGACACUCCGUACAAGCCGUACUCAUGGCCAUGGUGGUUCAUGGAUUUUUGCCCUUUUUCAUGAACAUUUACGCGGCCGUCACGGGGUUCGAAUACACAUUUGAGCCCAUGUCACCAGUGCCAAUAAUGGAUACCGAUAGUGUCAGGAGAAGCACAGAAGAAAUCACAAAAGCAAACGACAACAGCCAAGAAAUUGCAGAAAACGACAACAACGAAACAGACAAUGAUGAAAAUAAGAAUGAAAAUGACACCACAGAGGAAGACAAACACGACAAAAGCAUCAAUAAACAAGAAGAGGAUGAACAAGAAUGCGUGGUAGAUCCACAAGCUGCCAAGAUGCAAAAAGUGGCCAAACUUAUGCUAAGCAACGAUGAAAAGGAGCCCGAAGAUGAACCAGCCUAUGUUUGGAACUUUGUGCAAAAGGGAACCAUGAGCCCCGAGGAUGAAGAAAAAGAUCGCAAGUACAGCCACAAAUUUCUACAGAUGAUCACCUAUCAUGAUGGAGGGCCCAUGCACACGGCGCCGUUGGAACCGGCCGAUUCCUCCAAGGAUGGGUCCUAUGCCAUGCUGGCGGCAGUCUACUAUCCCAGUCGAGCAUUCUUCAGCAAGCUCAUCAAUUCGUCAUGGAUGUAUGAAGCAAUACAAGACAAGCGACCGGGAGAUGAUAGUUACUGUGUCGUCACAGUGCCAAUGAGACAAGACAAACUCUGGAUGCAACUAGCAAAGAAUUAGCCAUCAUCUAGCUAGUGUGAUGGUGAAGUAACAACUAUUGAGGGAAACAAAGUGGCAUCUCGACAACCAGUUCAUCACCACUCGGUCCGUCCAUCGCACACAAAACAAGACGAUUUUGAACUUUUAGUAAUAGCUAGUACGUAAAAGGAAUUUGCAAUCGUACCGGUACAGGUACCACUGCUGAUCAGCCUCGUCAGCUUUAAUAAGCUGCGGUGCGCACAUCCAUUGUCUUUUUUUCUUCAUAGCUACGAUUGACGCA